ACUUCCUUAACGUGUUUAGAGCACCAACAGUAAUCACUGGCUUUGUAAAUGUGCUUUGUAAACAUUCCUAAACCUGUGAAGCUCAUACAAUGGGUAAAAACAAAGCAGCUUCACCUUGAGACACACACACCCGGUGUAACGUGGAUGCCACAUCGAAAUGGGAAUUAUCAAUAUUGUUCCUGCACUUUUCUUACUCUACACAGUUUCACCCUCGCUCAGUCUCCCCUCGGACCCUGUAUGCGGUUCCCCAGUGAUCUCCAGCCGUAUUGUUGGGGGAGUGAAUGCUGAAUAUGGAGAGUGGCCGUGGCAGGUGCUCAUAAAGUAUAAUGGGGCCUUUACAUGUGGAGGGUCUCUGAUCAAUAACCAGUGGGUGCUGAGUGCUGCUCAUUGCUUCGAUUAUCCCAGCAACCCGGAGAAUUAUAACAUGUAUUUGGGAAUGUACCAGCUAGGGGGGUCAAACCCUCAUGGAAUUUCGUUUCAAGUAGAGAGGAUCAUAAAACACCCAAACUAUAACACGACCACAAAAAUGGGGGACAUUGCUUUGGUGAAGCUGAAAAACUCUGUUAACUUUACUGACUACAUCCUACCGGUCUGCCUACCGGCUGCGUCUGUCUCCUUCCCAUCUGGCUUGGAAUGCUGGGUAACCGGCUGGGGAACAAGAUCCUCUGGUGAAACUCUCCCAUCUCCCAAUACCCUCCAAAAAGUGAUGACCCCACUGAUAAACUACACGCAAUGUGACCAGAUGUACCAUAUUGGAUCCUCAGUUAGUAGUGACGUUACCAUCAUCCAGGAGGAGAAGAUAUGCUCUGGAUAUAAAGAAGGAGGAAAGGAUUCGUGUCAGGGAGACUCCGGCGGACCUUUGGUGUGUAACGUGGAUGGUAUCUGGGUCCAAGCUGGGAUUGUCAGCUGGGGGGAAGGAUGUGCUUUACCUAACCGCCCCGGAGUGUACACCCUAGUACCAACCUAUCAGUCAUGGAUCAAGAUGUAUAUACCAGACAUUCCAUUCAUCAACUUGUCAGUGACUCUGAGUACAGUGAUUCCUCAGACCACUCCCUUCACCACAACCCAGUCACCACUUGGAAAGUGUGGCUCUCCGGUGGUCUCCAGUCGCAUAGUGGGGGGUUCCGAUGCUGUGGAUGGAGAGUGGCCCUGGCAGAUUAGUAUACAGCUCUAUGGAUUCCAUAUUUGUGGCGGGUCUCUGAUCUCCAACCAGUGGGUUCUCAGCGCUGCUCAUUGCUUUCAAAGCAAUUCUAACCCAAAGAACUUCAUGGUUUACUUAGGAAUGUACCAACUCUCUGGGAACAGUCCACACAAGCAAUCCGCCCCGGUGGAGAAAAUCAUAUUAAACCAACUGUUCACCACAACAGGAAGCAGAGGGGACAUUGCCCUGGUGAAGUUGUCAAACCCAGUCAGUUAUAACAACUACAUCCUGCCAGUGUGUCUACCAGGAUCAUUCGACACAUUCCCAUCUGGUUUGGAAUGCUGGGUAACCGGCUGGGGGGAUGUGAACUAUGUAAAUCUCUCACCUACUAAAACAAUCAAAAAAGUAAAACUACCACUGAUAGACCACAGUAGUUGUGAUGAGAUGUACCACAUUGGAUCUUCAGUUAGUUGGUCUGAAACCAUCGUCCAGGAAGAGAAGAUAUGUGCUGGAUACAAGGAAGGAGGGAAUGACUCCUGCCAGGGAGACUCCGGGGGACCCUUGGUGUGUAAGAAGGAUGGUAUGUGGAUCCAGGCUGGGAUUGUCAGCUGGAGGGAAGGAUGCGCUUUACCUAAUCGCCCCGAGGUGUACACCCUAGUACCGGCCUAUGUAUCAUGGAUUAAAGAUGAAAUGAAUGUGGGCCUGAGCCUGACCGGCACGUCAUGGACAAUUGUUCUAUUCUGUAGUUUAAUUCUGACCCAGGUUUAGAAUAUAUUUAUACACAGAUUUAAAAAAUAGAAAGGUUUAUUUAAAAGAAAACAAAAAAAAAACUGUCUCUUCUUUGAUAUUUACACAAAUGAAUAAAAUAUUGAACAUGA